AGACAGUUGCAAGAUAUAUUUUCAGGACAAUGGGGGCCCAAAGGUAGUAUUUAAGAGGCAGUGUGUCUGCCGUUCAAUUCCUUCCUCACCACUCACAAGCACAGCUUCACAACACAAACACCCUUCAAACCAUCCUCCGACUGCCAUCCCAGCCACUACGGCUCUGCCCACUCACCUUCCUCGCAAGCACCAGAGAAUCGCCAGUAAGAUUGCUAUGCGCUCUCUCCUCUAUCCAGGUAGCUAACAGAUACAUCAGUGAGACUUUCUACCAUCGCCACCAUGGCCAUGGCCCUGGUCGCCCCAGGCUCAUGUGCCCCAGCAGCAGAGAACGCACUGCAAGCCAGACAAACCAUCCCGAACGCCAUCCUGCAGUGCGCCCGAGACCUUACGCUCCACCGUUCCCUGGAGGAGGGACAAAAGCUUUACCAAAGUCUCUGCACUUCCCGAUUCGGCUGCGAAUUUUCAGUCGAUCCAACCCUCGAAGGCGAAAUCUACUGGGGAUCUUGUGGAAACUGCCCCUUUCCCUUCCCGGCCGCCGCGGGCAGAAUUACCGGAUGUGUGAUUUUCAGGGAGCCCCCGGGUAUUUGAGAGAUGGCACCGAGGUUAUCAGAGAAGCGCGGUGGAUUAGAUGACAGAACGGAAUAUGGGCAUUUGUAGCAGGGUAAUGGCACUUAAUGUCAUCUCUCGUUAGUUUCGUACUGAGAGGCAAAAUCAAUUCAAGUGGUUAGAAAACUAUACCUCUGCCUCUUUUCUUACUGUGAACCUGCUGAUCACUAC